UCUCUCUGGGGUUUCAGCUCCGUUUCUCUUCGAAGAAGCUCGAUUCGACCCUCUUCGCUCCGAUCUUCAUUCCUCUCUAUUUCUCCUAUCAACAUCUGCAGCAAAACUUCAAAUGGAGGGAGGUUUCUCGUUGCGAUUUUUCGAAGGACAAUCCAGCAACUUCGGAUUUCCAACGACGAGUUUUCCGGAGCUUCUGACCGGAAAUCUCCAAAACCCGGAGUUCUACGGCGUAAAUCCGACCGUCGGAUAUUCUCUACUUGGACCUUCAACGAUCUCGCAGCCGAAUGCGCUCAGUUUCGGACCCGUCAGCUACGUUGUGGAAGAUCACGCGACGUUUCAGCAGAAGAAGCUGAUGGAGAGCUCGAACAGCACUGAUCGACGGCCGAGAGUGGUUGAUUUCAGAUCAGGGAAACUCAAGUUUCCGAAACUCGAACCUGUCAGUGACGAGGCUCAGAUAAUCCCGGCCGUUGGAGAUGACCGAAAUACUCCAUUUGGAUUUCCAACGGACGAGGUCCCGAAGAUCUGUACGUCGAGCUUCCAUCGUUUACCGGAUCUGCUCUCGGUCGAGCAGAUUCCAGGACUCCAUGGGUUUUCCACCGCUAGAUCGGCUCAGAACCGUUUCGGAUCUCUAGCCCUACCAGCACCAGUCCCUACUCCAUCACCUCCUCUUCAUUUUCCUCCGAAAGUAUACCCCCGGUGCACGUUACCACGGCAGCGGCGCAAGAAGAUCAGCGACCGUACACGGCAACUCGAGAAGCUGAUGCCCUGGGAGAAGAAGAUGGACAUUGCCACCACGCUGGAGGAGGCGCACAAAUACAUCAGGUUCCUGGAGGCGCAGGUUAGCGUGCUGAAGUCCAUGCCGCGGGAAUCCAAUUUCGUAUCGCUGGAUGCGGCGCCAGUUAGCGGUGGCGAGGCGUUUGGGGAGGUUUUGGCGCUGGAGAAGCUGAACAGGCAGCAGCUGCUGCAGGUGCUGGUAAACUCGGCGGUCGUGCAGGAGAAACUGUACUCGGGCGGGUGCUGCGUUUUCUCUGUGGAGCAGGUGGUGGUUUUGAAGAAGAUGGCGGAGAGGAAGGUGCUGCUGCAGCAGAUCAUGAUGCUUGGCUGAGAAGACAUUGGGGGGAGGGUUUUUUCUCGCGUUGGCAUGCAAGGUUAGUUUUGUCUUUUCACAUACACUUUUUUGGCUUUUUUAGGAAAUUUUGUUUGUCUUUGGGAUUGCUGCGAGGUAAGAGCAAGGGUAGUUUUGUCUUUUUAUCAUUUUCAUGCCCUUUUUUUCUGUCUUGGGUUCUUGCAAGGGGAUUCUGCUAGUCUCGUUUUUUUGCGUAAUGAUGAAGAUGGUGCAGAUUUUUAUGGAUCUGACGAAAAUGCUCUUUCCAUGGACAUGAACUUAUUUUCUGUUAAUUACAGUAGAGUUCUGAAAAUGAAUGGUGUUAUGAAUUGGACGAAAAUGCCCUUCCUAGAAAAAUAGAUUCUUAUUUUAGUUAAUUACUGAUACUAUUGAUACUGUAGUGUUCUGAAAAUGGGCGAAGUGUUAUGAAUUGGACAAAAUUGCCCCUGCCUUUUCAGAUAAGUUCGAGAAAGAGUUUUUAUUUUAAUGGAAGUGAUGUGUUUUUAAUGGUGAAAAUGGUUUGGUUUUCUGAAUUGGACGAAAAUGCCCUCUGUUGAGUCCAUUUUAAAUUUUUGGAGAGGGUAACUAGAAAUUCGGAUACUCUGUUAGAAUACACCGCUUGAUAAGCGGGCACUGAGAAAUUGUAUGCAUGGCAUGCUUAAGUCAAAUUAACAGACUAAUUUGUGGGACCCACUUUCGCCUAAAUGACGGUUGUCCAAAAAUCAGAUUAGUUGAACAA